AAAUCUGAAGCUGACGAAGUCCAAAGCACACAGAAUCGUGUCAGAGAUAAAAAGCAUACUUGUCCAAACAAGACAAUGUCUCUUUGUUGUUUUAUUGUACUUUAAACAAAAACUGGGGCAGGAAAUUGUAAAGUGAAAACGUGACCAAAAUGAAAAAAAAACAGAACAAGUGGUAUUAAAGAUAAUUUAGGUAAAUAAUAAGGAGGCAAGAGAAAAAUAGACAUAGAUGGAGGAAUGUCUGACUCUCUGACAACACUUCCCAUUAAAAGCCAUCACUUGCAGUCUUUGACCAAAUCUUAGCCCUUCGUUCUUAUGUGAAACUCUCAUUUCAAGGCACAAGCACAAUCAAAUAUGACAUCACCUAAAGAUGAACACAAGUUUUAAGAAACUUAAUCCAAUUUUUUUAGUUGUUACAUAAAACAGAAUUUCAUUUUGACCUAAACAAAAAGGAAUUUUUGUAUUACGCCAUCAGAAUUUACCAAACCAUGCACGAGGAUUCUUCAAACAUUGUGUGACAUUUACCAUUUAUAUUUUGAAAAAAUCUAGACUAGCUUCUUUCUUACUUAUCAUAGACUCAUAUAUAUUAAAUCCUAAGAAUCUAAAGAUUUAAUAAUGAUUCUAUAAAAAACCCCUUUAAAAAACAUGAAGUCUAAAAAGAAAGAAGAGAGGUGUAGAAGUUGGUUUCAUAAAACAGCUCAUAUCUUCUUCUUUCCCCCGACAAGUUCGGACCCUUCUUCUCUCCUCCUCCACCUUCUCUCCAUUUUCUUACCUCUCAACAAGUUAACACAAACCCACCCAACAAAAAAAAACAACAAAAACAACAAAAAAAAAACAAUUUAAUAAUUCUUUUAUUAGACAAAGAGAGAGAGAAAGAGAGAGGGAGAUUUUGGGUUUGGUGUUUUCUCCUUCUCUUCUUUUGUAAUCCUCCUUGUUGGAUUUUGAUUAAAAUGGGUAAUGUGACGUCAAAUGUGGCGGCCAAGUUCGCAUUCUUCCCGCCAGAGCCAGCAACAUACGGCGUAACGAAGGAUGACGAGACAGGGAAGCUGGUCUUCGCCGGAGUGUCGGCGGACAAGAACGUGGAAGUCCACCAGCUCACCACAAAGUCCGGUAACAAAGUUGUUGCCACGUUCUGGAGACACCCUUUUGCGAGAUUCACGCUUCUCUAUUCCCAUGGUAAUGCUGCUGAUCUUGGCCAAAUGGUCGAGCUCUUCAUCGAGCUCCGUGCUCAUCUACGCGUCAACAUCAUGAGUUAUGAUUAUUCAGGCUAUGGAGCUUCAACAGGAAAGCCGUCUGAAUUCAACACAUAUUAUGACAUAGAGGCAGUGUACAAUUGCUUGAGGAGCGAUUAUGGGAUCAAGCAAGAGGAGAUUAUUCUGUACGGACAGUCUGUAGGAAGCGGUCCAACGUUGCACAUGGCUUCUCGGUUGAAGAGGCUUAGAGGAGUUGUUCUUCACAGCGCCAUUCUCUCUGGAAUCAGAGUCCUCUAUCCUGUCAAAAUGACGCUCUGGUUCGAUAUAUUCAAAAACAUAGACAAGAUUCGCCAUGUCAACUCCCAAGUCCUUGUCAUUCAUGGCACAAAUGAUGAGAUUGUUGAUUUGUCUCACGGGAAACGAUUGUGGGAGCUGGCCAAGGAGAAGUACGAUCCAUUAUGGGUGAAGGGAGGAGGGCAUUGCAACCUCGAGACUUACCCUGAGUACAUCAAGCACCUCAAAAAGUUCGUAAACGCAAUGGAGAAACUCUCUCUAACCAAUCCACCGCCCAAACAACUAACUAAUGAGCCUAGUAUAACCGAGACUAAGCACAAUCGGUGCUUGAAAUUCGGGAAAAGGUAGUAGCAGAAUCACAAGACAUUUGGUUUGGUAGAUUCCUUCCUUGGCAUCGCAUGUGCAGAGUCAUUUCCUCAAUGUGAUCAAAACCAAUGCUAAACACACGGUCACAGACAACGGCGGAACAGAGAUCAUCUAGUGAGGUAUUUCACUGUAGAAUGUUGCCCUGCUUUUGAGUAUUUGCUCGAUGUUCAAUCUCCUGUAAAAAUGUAGCACCAAGUUUGGGGGUUUCUGUAACACAUCAUUACUUGUAGGAGAAGCAACAUAGAAAAGAUGUAAUCAGCAUUUUCUUCGACCUAUCUAGUGUUCCUUAGCGAGACAAA